AUGCGAGGCAAACACAUGACCGACGAACUGCGGUAUUACGUGCGCUCGGAGCGCCAUUUGCAGGCGCUACAGACGUGGCUAGACGGUGCGCAUCCGUCGUAUCCUGUCUCUGUUACUUCCGAAGGCCCGGACGUGGUGCCGCGCAAGCUUUUCCCGCUGUUAAAGACGCAGGAACUGGGCCACGUCGUGCUCUACGGCCCCACGCUGGGAUCGACGCAGACGCUGCUGCGCGAGACGCUCAAGCCCGCGGCUCCUGCGGGUCUCGUGUGUUAUGCAAAGCUUCAGUCCAGAGGCAAGGGACGGGGCGCAAACUCGUGGUCGUCACCGGAAGGGUGUCUCACGUAUUCUUUUCAGAGCGCUUUCGUGGACGGCAAUACACUGCCCUUCGUGCAGUAUCUCGUGUCGCUGGCUGUGGUCAAGGCUGUAGAGACGGUGCAUACUGAAGCAGCUGGAAGUGGCAGUGGUGCUGGUGCUGCGAGGAUCAAGUGGCCCAAUGACAUUUAUGCUCAUCAGGUCAAGAUUGGAGGCAUUUUGUGCCAGUCUGAAUACUGCAAUGGCAAAUUCAGUGUCACAACUGGUGUUGGUAUCAACAUUUCGAACCGGUCGCCGACGACUUGUCUGCAGGACGUCUUGGGCACGGACGAGCAGCCUUGCACUGUCACGAAGGAAGAGUUCUUGGCGGCCUUCUGCAACGUGUAUGAGCCUAUGGAGAAGUUGUUUGUUGAAAAGGGAUUUGAGCCAUUUAUGACGGACUAUUUGGCGCGGUGGCUGCACACGGAUCAAGUGGUGCAAGUCGCAAGCGCUAGCGAUGCAAGUGGUGAGAAGGUGCCUGCAGUGAUCAAGGGCCUUACCAGUACGGGCUGCCUUUUGGCACAGGGGGACGAUGGCUCACAGCUAGAGCUUUAUCCGGACGGAAACUCGUUCGACUUCCUCGCUGGCUUGCUGAAGCGCAAGUUAUAG